AUGACCAAAACACCCCAGCCAGAAAACACGGAUGAAAUGAUUUGCCUUCAGCUCUGUGAGAUCAGUGUGAAAACCGUGAGAUGCUCUUGGGUCCAGAUGGAUGUUGAGCUUCUUGAAGACGUUCCUCUAAUGGCUCAGGCAUCUUCUCCAAAUGGAUGCUCUCUGACUGCGGCCGCAGGACGGGGGAAGAUGGAGGUGUGCAGCUUCCUGUUGGAGCGGGGGGCGCAGGUUCAGCAGGUGAACAGGAGAGGAGCAUGUGCCCUGUUCUGCGCAGUCCGACAGGGACACUGGCAGAUUGCAGAUCUGCUGCUGCAGCAUGGGGCAGAUGUGAAUGUAAGCGACAAACAGGGCCGAACGCUGCUGAUGGUGGCCGCAUGUGAGGGGCAUCUCAGCACGGCCGACUUCCUGUUGUCUAAAGGUGGCUCUUUAGGGUCGGUGGAUAAGGAAGGGUUAACUCCGCUCAGCUGGGCGUGUUUAAAAGGACACAAGAACGUUGUUCAGUUUUUGGUGGAGAAGGGUGCAGUUAUCGACCACUCGGACAAGAAUGGACGCACUCCGCUGGACCUGGCUGCUUUCUACGGAGACGCAGACAUCGUUCAUUAUCUGGUUGAGAAAGGGGCCGUGAUCGAGCAUGUGGACUACAGUGGCAUGAGGCCGCUCGAUCGCGCCAUCGGCUGCAGAAACACCUCAGUGGUGCUGACCUUACUGAAGAAAGGAGCCAAACUAGGCUACAAAACGUCACCUUAUGAUCGAACAGGUAACGCAGCCUGGGCGAUGGCGACCUCCAAACCCGACAUCCUCAUCAUCCUCCUGCAGAAGCUCAUGGAGGAAGGCAACCUGCUGUAUAAGAGGGGGAAGAUGAAGGAAGCAGCUCAGCGGUAUCAGUACGCAUUGAGGAAGUUUCCCAGAGAGGGAUUCGGUGAUGAACUCAAGGCCUUUAAGGAGCUGCGUGUGUCUUUGUACCUCAAUCUCUCCCGCUGCCGCCGGAAAACCAACGACUUUGGAUUGGCGGAGGAGUUUGCAACCAAGGCUUUGGAGCUCAAACCCAAAUCGUACGAGGCAUACUACGCUAGAGCAAGAGCCAAACGCAGCAGCAGGCAGUUCACCGCAGCGUUAGCCGACCUGCACGAGGCCUCGAAGCUCUGCCCCAACAACCGUGAGAUCUGCCGUCUGCUGGCCCGCGUCGAGGACGAGUGCAAACAGAUGCAGAGCAAACACCAGAGCCUGAGCAACCCGGAGCAUGCCGAGGACGACAGGACGGAGCACAUCGAUGACGAGGAGGAGGAGGAUGACGACUCUGAGGCCUGGUCUCAAAACAUCUACUCGCUAAACCAGACUUCAAACGGCCGCUCGGUUUCGCCGCCUCACAGGCAAAGCCUCCGACAUCAGCACCAGAAGAGCCUCGUCCUGCAGCCCAGCAAACAGGCGCAGAUCGUCAAAACCAACCAGCAUCUGGGAUCCUUACAGGUGGGAUCCGCACGACCGACAAACACAAAGAGCCAAUCGCAAUAUGCUCCGUCCAGCCCGAUUCCCAGCCGGCACAUAUCCAGCGUGCUAAAGGCCGGACCGGGCAUCGACAUCAGCCCGUUACUGCCCACAAACAACGAUGCAGACAUCCAAGUGCACUCGUCCAAAACUCAGUCUCUAGAAGGGACGCUUCUUUCCGCGACUUCUGGAGCUCAAAGUCAAGAGCUGCAAAAAGACGCCAGUAUGAGGGUCUCCAGCUCCACCAGCAGCCUGGCGUCCAGCAGCAGUUUAUCAGACAGCGGGAAAGUGCAAGGCCCAGACGUGCGCACCAAAACCGCAUCGGACAAGCCUAAGAUCAGCCAGACCGGCUCUGUGGAGUACAAACCCCGUCCGUUCAUGGGAAUCAUGGACAAAACGGCUCGAUUUCAGCAGCAGCAGCAGCCGGUGGCGUCUCGAGGUUGGCAGAGUCACUCCACUGAAGGACUCGUCGCUUCUGCGGGUCUGACGGGUGAGAUCGUGUACGGCAAACCGUCCGGAGCUUAUUACGAGCCACUCAAAGGUCCCACCAUGGGCGGCCUGCACAACGGGAGUCUGCAUGCUAAAGAGUUCUGCCAUAAAGAAAGCAAACCGGUUCUGGCUAUGGCACAUUCAUUCAUGGACAGUAUGAGCAAACAGCCCGGCUUAACUCGAGAAAACCCCACCAUUCAUGUAGCGGCAAUGAAACCAAAGAGAUCCUUUAUAGAGUCGAAUGUUUAGGACGUUUAUAUGCAACAACCCUAGAAAACACACUUCAGAUGAAGGCAUCCGAUCUGAGGAUGAUUCCAGCCCCUAUAUACACAUACAUAUACACACUAC